AUGCUCGGCGACGUUUUCCUUCACAUUUACCAUGUUACCAACCGCAAAGAGGUGAAGCAGUUCAACGACCUGAUUGGUAAGCUAACCACGGACACUAUCGGGGCCUACCACAUCGGUGUUGAGGUGUACGGGCGCGAGUGGGCGUACGGGGGAAAUGCGGACGUCGACCCGACCCAGACCGGGGUGUUCGAAUGCGCUCCCGGGCAGUGCGACAACCACGAAUACCGGGAGCGGUACCAAAUGCCCCAGUCCACGGCCUUUUCCUCCGACCAGGUGAUGCAAUUGCUUCGGGACACGUUGAUGCCCGAGUGGCUGGGCAAGGACUACGACUUGCUGCGGAAAAACUGCUGUACCUUCGCGAACGCGUUUUGCGUCGCACUCGGUGUCGGCGAGAUUCCGGCGAGCUACAACAAACUUGCGCGCUUUGGGGCGAAAGUGGAGAGCACCGGGCGGAAGAUGAAGGAGGGCGCGGAAAAAGCGGGACAGGUGGUGAAAACCAAGGCGCAGGAGUUCGACGAGACAUUUAGGAUCUCGGAGAAGGUAUUGGACCCAGUGGGUGAAAAAGUCAAGGCCGGGGCGGAUAGCUAUGCAAAGGAUAAAUGAAGAUUUAACAUUACCGUGCGCGUAUUACAACUGAAGCGGAAAUUAUAUAUACGUUGCUCCCGGCAUGUACCUCGAGAAAAGCAAAUUUGUCAUUGCGACUGAGGUGCGUUUUUCACAGGCACUGGCUAUCUAAUAUGGCGAAUCAGGUAGUAGGCUCCGGGAGCUCAUUUUGUGUAUGUGUUGCGGAGGCCGAGGCGACAUAUUUUUGAAUUUGUAAAUUAAUACAUGCGCGGUGAAUUAUUUCCGCGGGAUAGCGCCGUGAAGCAGAAAAUGAAGGAAAUCGACGAGAACUACGAGGUGAAGGAACGUGUCUCUCAAGCGGGUGCCAAAGUGCAGGAAGGGAUCGCGACCGGCUGGACUCGGCUUUCGGAGCGGGCGGCGCACUUGCAAGAGGAGCACCAGGUUAAGGAAAGAGUGUCGGAGGCGAUGACGCAGGCCAAGAGCCAGGUAAAGGACGUCGGGAAAAGGUUGUCGAGCUUUUUUCGGAAAUAAAGAACAAAGUGGCGCCGGCGGGUAAUUUUCCUGAGCUGGGUGGACCACGACGAGGAGUCGAAGUUUUGGCCCCGGCGAAGGCUCUGCUGGUUCGACGUUAGUUGGGGUGUUUCUACAUGACCAACUUCCUUACCCGUACGUACUACAGUGGGAUGAUCUUCAACUUCACCUGCUCCACCUUAUUUCUCCAAACAAAACAACCAAGGAAACUGUGGCGUUGGCAACGCGGUCGUAGCGCUAUCGUCCCCGACAACAUCAGGAGGAACGCAGAGUGGCUUGUUGUGUCUGUUUUGUGGCUUCCAGUGGACGAGAGUACAGCAAGAUCUGUAGUUCAUCUUGCGACAAAGAUCACUCAUUUUGAGGUGC